AUGGCUUCACGAUUGUAUUACUAUGAGCCAACAACACCUCCAACUUUCUUAGGGGGUGAAAACUACCCUGAGACUGUGCACAGCCGUUCCACUUCAGGAUCAUCCUCGCUAUACAACCUGGACUCCUCUCCUGACUCGGUGAUCACAAAUGUUACCACCCCAAACCGAUCACCUGGUUACUACCGACAUGGCCGUGCCCUCUUGCCGAAAAUUCGCCCCCAGGAUCUUGUGGAUGAACCAGUCUCCCAGAGGGGUCCUCAGCGCCACCGGAAAGCUCUGGCUAGCACCCUCAAUCCUCCUGGCUACGCUCCAUAUCCAGUUUCUAGACCUCCAGCGCAGCGAGUGGUAACUGACUCCGCAGGCCCCCUGGUUUCCCCAAUCUCAACUGCCUCAUUUCUUGGCUCUCAUUUUGGGUCAACCCUGCCGUCUCCUGUCACUGUUCCCCCGGUAGAAUCUCGCAAGCGUCCUAGUCAUUCUCGAAACGUUUCCGUGUCUAGCAUAGAUGAAACAACACUGAAUCGCUAUGGAUAUCCAACUUAUCGGCAGCUCCCCAAAUACGUUUCGCAAUGUAGCCCAACGUCCCCUGUUUCGUCGAUGGCACCAUCAUACCUGAACUACCCUCCACCUAAACGUGAACCCUUGAGCUAUCAGCCAUAUGAUAACACAUUGGGAACAUAUUCACUUUCAGGUGCCACAGGCAAAACCCUUGGUGCUCCAGUCAGCAUCGAAAGUCAAGUUGACUAUGCGCCUCCCUCCACGACACUUCUCGAGUAUCUUACUGCUCCCACUCAGGCAGUCAACCUGGUUCAAAACGUCGCAUACAAUGCAUCUCGCCUCAACCAGACUCAUUUCUGGUGGGAUGUUCGGAAUUUGCGCCGAUGGUCGUCUUUCUCCCUUGUUACAUUGAACGAGAUCCCAAAUUUCACCAAACUCCUCACGACGGAAAUUCCUCAAGAUCUCGCACCGCGAACCCAUGUGUCGUCAUCCCGAUUGGCACCGGAUUCGGAAUUCGCUCUUGCAAAUCUUGUCCGUGAUAUCUAUGCUCCGCGGGUCAAUGCUGCACUCCGUGUUUCCCAGGGUCGCGACUCCAUGGCUCUUUAUCCUGCCCCUGACGCUGUGGCUGAUCAUGAGAAUGGACCACAUUUUCUUGCCAAUUAUCCCUCUGAUACCGAGGUCACAGCCUCAGGAUCUCCUCGUGGUCGAGUUGUUGGCCUGGUCAAAAGUUUUGACCGCUGGAACACAGGGAUGCGUAAUGAACAACCCCAUCGUCGUGUUGAGUAUCUCAAUGGCCUUUCGCAUCUGCAACGCUGCAUGCGUGAACACUCCUGUCGAUACGGCUUCAUCAUGACAGAAAUCGAACUCGUCUGUGUUCGGGCUGGCUGCGAUGAAGGUGACGAUGUUCCUUACUUUGGAUAUCUAGAACUUGCUCCUCCAAUUGCCACCAAAACAUCUUCGGCUUCUUACAACUCCCUUGGUGCAAGCUCUCUUGAGCGUACGUUUUCUUCGGAUUCAUACCAGUCAUCUGACUAUUCUGGGUCUUCUCGGUCUGUUUCCCCAGAAAACUACCCGUCUUCGGCCGGAUUCUCCGGCCCUCUCACAGCUACAUUGGCAUUAUAUUACCUGCUCAUGCUUUCCAAGAGGGUUCCCCUCCCAGGUCAAGCAUCUUGGCACCUGAAUGUUGGCGGAACAGGCGCCCUGACUCGUCAACGUAUAUUGCCAGAAGGAAAGGAUAAAUGGAUUCCGGAACCCCAACAAAGGGAGCGCAGAGAGGCAAAGAGAAUUCGAGGCUGGGUUAUGCCGCAGGAUGCCUGGCAUCGUCGGGAGGGUGGAGGAGCGAGUCGAACGAAGGCUGCAAAGGCAAAGAAGUGGCACAAGUGA